AUGGCUACUGGAGCUUGUAGUAGCUGCCUUUUAGACUGCAAGAUAAUUACCUAUGCUGACGACAUCACCCUCAUCUGCACCGGUCCCAAUCAUCGUUCACAGAGCCAGCGCUGCCUUACUCUUCUCGAUGUCAAGUGUCGUGAGCUUGGUCUCAAGCUCAACUUAAACAAAUCAAAGGCCAUGGCAUUCGGAGGAGCAAUCCCUGAUGCCCCUCUUACCACUGGAAUCGCGCAGGUGGGUUGGGUCGAGAGCCACCAAUACCUCGGCGUGUGGAUAGACAGGCACCUCACCCUCCGAAAACAGGUGGAAACACUCAAAGACAGGAUGCUCUCCAGGACCAACAUCCUGAAGGCCAUCGCCAGUAACGCCUGUGGAGCCAGCUUCCGGGUGAAGCGCUCGUUUUUUACACACGCCAUAAGGUCCUUCCCAGCCCUCAUUGAAACACUCGAUAAGGCACAGAAUCAGGCUCUCAGGGUCAUUCUGUCUGCCCCACGCUGGACCAAAGUUCUCAAUCUGCGGAUGGAAGCCCAGCUGGUGGCAAUCAAGCACCGAAUCCCCCAGCUUUCUGCCACCCUCAUCGGCAAAAUGGCUGCUUCUGCACGUCCCUACAUCGCUCCAGGAAAGGUCUUCUCCACUCUCGGACAAGACCCUCACCUCUUCCGUCACACAUGGGCCAGGGGCUCAGCAGCAGCUGUGACAUCAUGUGGAGUUGCAGACACCAUCAGAGAUAAAGGGCAAGACAGCCCCCACCCGGACUAUACACCAGCGCCUCCAUGGAGUCCCCCUUUAACCAUCUCAAGUGACUGGCUUUCCUUACCGAAGUCGUCCCUUCACCCUGCUGCCCUUAAGGCGGAGGCUCUCGGCCACCUAACACCUCUAACACACACACACGACACCAUCAUAUACACGGAUGGCUCUGUAGAUCAGGCCUCGGGAGCUGCGGGAGCGGCCCUCGUCACCGAAGGCACUACACUCCAGUGGCGUCUCUCUAGUGGCGCCUCCUCGACCCAAGCGGAACUCGCAGCCAUCAAAGGAGCCCUCCAACACCUACACACCACCACGGCACACAGCGCCCUUAUCGCCACGGACUCCAUGGCUGCCCUGCAAGCACUCCGUAACCCGUGGCCACAAGACAACGUGCGGCUGCUCACGAGCAUCCAUCACCUCGCCACGACCCUGUGUGGGAGGGCAAGGAGGAUCACUCUCACAUGGAUUCCGGGCCAUGCGGGUAUACGUGGAAUGAUCUUGCUGAUGCUGCAGCUAAAGCCGCCACCACCAUCGCAGACCCGGAAAUCACUAUCUCACCCAGCAUGGCACAAAACACCAAGUCACCAAUACCCGGACAUUGAAGAUGAUGAUGCGGAGGAAGCUGCAGCACUCCUUGUUGCAGCAACACCGGCAAACAUUCUGGCCAAUGUGGUCGCAGAUGCUCCACCACCUUAA